AUGCAGUGUUUGCUGUUGAUUCUGUGUAUCGUUCGUAUGAUCGCGGAUUCGUCGGAAACGAGCGAGGAAAAGCGAGUGAAAGAAUUAGUACGAGACUGGGCGCCCCUGGUGUGGCUUGCGCCUGGCGAACUGUUCCUGCCCCUUGGGGUACCUGAGUUCCUCGACCACAUGCAGUCCGACGACGAUUAUCUUCGCACCAGACUCGACGUAGAGGUGUUGCUGAGGAACCGAUCGUCGUUCCUGUACGGUCGGAAACCAGCGGGCUCGGUACCAGUUUACGCGCUGAUCAAAAAUUGCAUCCAGCUAGAGACAUCCACGGACUCUGUGGGCUCGAACAUCAUACGCGACGAGAAGAGAUUGCGAAGAAAUGGGGGCGCAGACUCGGCCGUACAUUCGAGAAACGUGAUCCAAGAUGAUUUUGGGACCUCGAUGAUUCUCACGAACGAUCUUCCGGGGAAAGCUUGGAAGACUGACUCGAUGUCUACUGGCGAGAAAACGGGGGAUUUCGAGAAAAAGACGAAGAAAGGGAACAGGUCCCGGAAGCAACACUUUCACGUGACCUAUUGGAUGUUCUAUCCGUUCAGCGAGGGAAAGGCAGUCUGUGUUCUGGAUCUCGGAUUUUUCGGUAGCUGGCCGAUUCCCACUGUAGGCGGAAUGUGCCUCGGAAUCCUCAAGGAGUACGGGAAUCACGUGGGUGAUUGGGAACACAUGAGCCUUUAUUUCAAGGAUGCCAAUUACCCAUCAGCGAUGUACGUAUCGGCCCACGACGCUGGAGCGUUCUACAGAUACGAUCUGCGAAGCGGCACCUUCGUCUACGAGAGUCAAGAGACACGAAAGGGCAUAUUUCAGAAACCUAUAUUCCCGGAACGAGUAUUCACCGCCGGUGGUUCUCAUCCGAUACUGUUCAGCGCGCGUGGCUCGCACGGUCUCUGGACAGCGCCGGGAAAGCACAAGUUCGUACGGUUACCCCGUCUGUACGACGAGAGCGGUUUCGGAGCCGCUUGGCCCACAUGGAAAAAGAUGGAAUUGCUCCUGAAAGAAGACAACAGCGUGCUGCCCGGCUGGAUGACGUUCAGGGGAAAAUGGGGCAACCCGAAAAGUAACUGCCACCCUUUGGCCAGGCUAGGCUUUAAUAUCUGCGAAUUCGUUGACGGACCGACCGGUAUUCCUAUGAAAGAGUCAAGUUUUCGAUGCUGA